GACCGGUCAAGACCGCAUCGCCAUGGCACCACCGUAUUUUCCCGCAUCUACCAAUGGCCAGGAGACCGGCCCGCCCAAGAGUUACUACGAGCAGCAGCGCGAGAUGCUGGUGACGGAGAUUGCCCAAAGUCUCGAAGUCGUUUUGCAAAACAUCAACAAGCUCAACCGCUCGCUGGAAGAAGUCACGUCGGUCGGCAACGAGUUCGCGCCCGUCGAGUCGCUAUGGAGUCACUUUGAGAACGUCAUGACCAAGGAUCCCAACGAGCAGCAGCAGGAAAGCACGCAAGAGGGGGCCACUGAGCACGAGGGGGAGACUGAAGUGCCCGAGGACAGAAAAUGAGGCGCGCAGGGCGGAUGUGACAACACAAUCCCAGCAGCGCACGGCCAUGUAAGCCAUGUAAACAGGACGGCACAUGAUGUAAUGAUACUCCGCAACAAGGUCACUAGCAUGAGCAAUCGUGCACGUGGUAAGAUCGGUGCAGGGAGUAGACGACUUUCAAAAAACAACAAGCACUUCAUC